AUGUGCAGAAACAACAAGUCUACGAUGAAGCUGAGUGAGCGCAGCCGUAAGGCCGCUCGUCAGACUACACGUCAAACAACCAACAAAAAACACGCGGCCGUGGAGGCUUGCAAACUCAACCAACCAGCCACAGAAGAAAAAGCCAGCAAGCUUGCAACCGAGGCUUCUGAAGCUGCUUUCGACCCCUCCAACCGGGUCUCCUCCACAUCUGGCGCCAGUGUGGCCGACAAAACACCACAAAUUCACAGCCACUCUUCCAACAACCAAGAUGAGAAGAGGCUGGCAGGCCCGCGCGUCUCCGUCGUCUGCAAAGAAGACAACGGCGGGCACAUUACGCAGUUUAGCGUCAGCUACUACCAAACAACCAGCGGCGCUGGGGCAGGGAUGACCACCAUCUCAAUACGUCUGACCCUGGCCGCCAAGGAUAUUCUCCUCGCACAAAACCAAGAGACGGCAAUCAAAAUCUUCACGCCCUACAAAGACGCUCUCCACAUCAACUGCAACAUUUGCUUCAUCGACUCCACCACUGAGCAAGUGCUGGCCACACAAGCUUUCAAGGAAGUCUUCAACAAGUCAGGAUACCAUUGCCAACAACUCGACGCCACCACCAAGUUGCGAUGGAUGCCGCACCAUGCAACCGUCGAGGGCAACAGACUUGCCGAAGCUGCAGCUCGCAAGGCAGCAACAUCUCAAGACACUGCCAGCAUCUGA